UCCACCACCCACUCCACUCCAUAAAUUUAUAGCAAUUUUCAACAUUGGCUACCUUCUGUGGAGGAGAGAAACAGCUUCAAAUAUCUCUCCAAUUCUCCACCUCGUAGCUAAGGUUUUGAUCGUUUCUAAGUUAUGUCCGGGAGGAGACCACGUCUGAUGAUCGGAAAAUUGUCUGACUUAUUGGUUUCAGGCAAAAAACCCGGAUUUUUUUUGGAUGCUGCUACAAGCCCCACAGGUUCAUUAGAUAUCAACACUCCGUCACCAAGAGGUAUGAAGAGAUAUGAUGUUGGUGGGGUUGGACUAGGAAUCGUUGCUGCACUGGAUAAGUCCACCACUGAUUCCUCUAAGCAUGACAUUUGUGGCUCAAAUUUGAUUGUUGUCAAUUCUGGGAAGAAUCGUGAUGGAUUUAGGGGAAGAUACGAGGAUUUAGAGAUGGAGAAUUUGGAGGAGAUUACUUAUGUGAUUAGCCAUGGAUCUGGGAAGUCAUCUACAAAGGUGUAUUAUGAUGGUGGUGAACAAAGGAGAAAAUGUAAUAGCAGUGGUGAGAAUGGGCAUGGAGCAAGAUUUGUGGAAGAUUUUCGUUACCCAACUUCAUAUUUUCUCAGUUGUUGUCAUCUAUGCAGGAAACAGCUCCAUGGCAAAGACAUUUACAUGUAUAGGGGAGAGAAAGCUUUUUGCAGUUCAGAUUGUAGGUCAACGCAAAUAAUGAUGGAUGAGAUGAAAGAACGAUGCAGAUCAGAAGUGUCAAGGUCUGCAAAAGUAUCAACAUCUUAUAAUUCAGGGGAGAUCUUCUUCUCAACUGGGAUUCUUGCAAUUUAGCCUCACCAACCAAGCUUAUGAUUUGGUCUCCUGCAAGUGUAGUUUUCAUCUAUCUAAAGGGAAAUACAAUAACUUUAUGAGGAUUAAUAAUAACUUUGUUUAAAACAAAAAGGAAAUUUUGGUCGGAUUGGAGCAGUGAUGUAUAGGUUGUACUGAGAACUAUGGAAUUUGAUGAAGAAAUGAACUUCCUUUUGUAGUUUA